UAUCGGGAACACGAUUCGCCAUCUUGGACGGUAUGGCUCGGCUACAUAGUGCGCGGUGAAGGAGACAUGCGAGUCUUAAAGCGGACAUCGCAUUACGUUGCGUGAGAUUUAACGACGACGACAGGGACGACUCCUCUUUUGCCUCAAGAUGGAUGCGGUGAAGUCGUUCAACGCGGAGCUGUCCGCUCUUUACGAUGUUAAACCACCAAUUUCAAAAGCCAAAAUGAAUUCACUUACACGGGGAGCCAUCAAAGCAAUAAAAUUCUAUAAGCAUGUUGUACAAAGUGUGGAAAAAUUUAUUCAAAAGUGCAAGGCAGAAUAUAAAGUACCGGGACUAUAUGUAAUAGAUUCAAUUGUCAGACAAUCUCGACAUCAGUUUGGAAUGGAGAAAGAUGUAUUUGCUCCACGGUUUGCGAAAAAUAUGCAGACCACCUUUCUCAAUCUUUUAAAGUGCCCACAAGAGGAUAAAAGCAAAGUUAUACGUGUACUGAAUCUUUGGCAAAAGAAUGCGGUUUUCCCACCAGAAGUUAUUCAACCACUCUUUGAUCUGGCAGAUCCAAAUCAUCCAAUACAUAAGGAGCAGCCAGUAAAUAGUAAUGGUACAUUAAAUACAUCAUCUGGAAAUAAUAUAAGUAAUGUAAGCGCAGUCACUAAGACUCCGCCAUCUGCUAUUAAAAAUGUUGUAAAGGAUUCAAAACUAUUUUCAACUGGAAAAACGAUCGAUCCUGUAUGGCUUGCGCAAACAAAAGUAGAAGCGGCGAAUAUAGUUAAUGCCAAUAAACUUUUGAGUCAAUCUAACUCCGGUCAAAUGGACUCUUCUAUUUUCGAUCAGUUACAAUGUUUACAGCAAUUACUUUUGAAAAAGCAGGAUGUUGCAAAUGAACCUAAAAGUUCAGUCAAGUUUGAUAAGAAAUUGCUAGACUUUGAUUACGGUGAAGAAGAAGACGAUGAUGUCGUUAUUGCUAAUUCUCCAAACGCAACCGCGUUGGUCAAUACUCAACACAAUGCGGUUUCAACAAAUAGUAGCCUAGAAAGCCUGGGACUGUUGCUUGCAAAUCCAGAGGUUUUAAGACAAUUGCAAACUUUACAACAAACUAUGCAAAGCAACGCUUCUUCUUCACAACACGAAAUGGAAGAAAAAAUGCGCAAGCUUCAACAAAUGAAACAACAGGAAGAAGAAUUUGAUAAACAUUUAGCACAAACUGUUCCUAAUCUUCCAUUUGCAUCUGAAUGUGAAUUAAAGCCUUCUGAUAUUUUAAAACCAAAUACCCAAAGUUAUGCAUCAAAUGUGAAUAGCAAUGUGUUACAAGAUAUGAGUCAACCACCACCUGGCUAUCCGCCAGCUCUGCCAUUUACGUCGCAAUCUUUACCAAAUAUUAGACAAAUCAAUCAAUCUGCACAUCAGAAUCAAAAGAGUCCUUUACUUGACGAACGUCAAGAAACGCAAGAUUAUUCUGGAAAUAACGCUAGACGUGAUAGUAGCAGUGUAGAAAUUGUAAAUUGCGAGAAUACGAGCUCACAAAGUAGAUCGCCAGAACGGUAUCGGCAUCACAGUCGGUCUCGGUCCCCACGACAUAGAGACAGAGACAGAGAUCGAGACAGAGAUAGAAAAUCUCGUUCUAGAAGUAGAUCGCGGCGAAGAAGAUCUCGUUCAAGAGACAGAGGGCGCGAUAGGAAACGUGAUGAUAGCCGAGAAAAGUUAACAGAAGAAGAACGGGAGAAAGAAAGAGAGCGACGCAAACGCGGCUUACCACCGAUAGUCAGAGAUAAAUUAAGUGUUUGCAGUACAACACUUUGGGUAGGACAUUUAUCAAAACUGGUACAUCAAGAAGAAUUGUCUGAUACAUUCGGGGAACUUGGCGAUAUUGUUAGUAUUGACUUAAUCUCACCGAGAGGUUGUGCAUUUAUAUGUAUGAAUCGAAGGCAGGAUGCAUAUCGGGCGCUUACAAAGUUAAAAAAUCACAAAAUGCAAGGCAAAGCUAUUACGUUAGCGUGGGCGCCUGGUAAAGGCGUAAAAGGCAAGGAAUGGAAAGAUUAUUGGGAAGUAGAACUGGGCGUCAGUUACAUACCUUGGAAUAAAUUAAUUAACAUUACUGAUCAAGACUUGGAGCUGUUGGAAGAAGGCGGGAUGAUAGAUGAAGAUACAUUACCUCCCUAUUUAAAAGGAAAACUAAAGCACGCUGGCACCAGCGCUGAUAUUUUACAACAACAGCUGCAGCUGCAACAGCAAGCACUUGUCGCUGCCGCUGGUGCUCCCAUUCCCACGUUAACCGACGGUAUUGUGAACGUUAUACAAUCGUCGGCUAAUUCGCAGCAGCAACAGCAACAGCAAUUAGUCGACACCAGCCAACCGCCACCAAUCAGACCGCCAACAUCGGCUGCGCUAUUACCACCUCCGAAUACGCAAUUGCAGAUGAUGCCGCCGGCCUUUACGAUGCCCGGAGUGCCACGAAUGAUUAGUCACAUGGGCCUACAAAUGACACACGGAUUAAUGCCCAAUGUCCCGAUCGGAGUUCCGCCGCCUAACAUGCAGAGUUUGUUGGGACCACCGGGUAUGAUGCAGACUAUGUUGACAUCAUCGGUUAACCCGCCAUUCGGGGCAGGUGUUGGUGUAAGUUUAUUGACGCAAAUCCCGAUGCCCGCACCUGCUGCAGCACCUUCGGAUAAGCCAAACUCCACUGGUAUGCCACACAACGUUCCACCGAUCGGAGUACCGCCACCCACGACGGAGACAAGUAUGCCAAAUCUUCCAAUGCUACGGCAGCCGUACGGAGUGGGUCCGGCGCCGCCGAUGCAGAUGCAACUACCUCAACAACAGCAUCAUUCUGACGACAUGGACGUGGAGAUGGAGGACGCGAUGCCGCAGAGCCUGAGUAGUAACAUACUCAAAGAUAAGCAGCCGAACCUUAGCGAUCAGCUAAUCGCAGCGAUGAAUAUGGGUAGCAAUGUAAACGACAGUCGUCUGGAUAGCGAUCAAGCUCGUGAGUACAAAGAACGAGAACGCGAUCGAGAGAAUAGGGAGAGAAAUCGAGGCGAUCGGGAUCGCGCAGAUCGUAUGGACGUGAACGAGUGUAGGAUGGAUCGUAGUAGGGACAGAGGACGAGGACGGGAUCGCGGUCGAGAUAGGCGGAGAGACAAUCGCGAUGGUCGCGACAGGGAGAGGGAUGACAGACGUGACAGAGAGAACCGAGAGGCCAGGGAGAGUGGCGCUAGGCAUUCGGAGGGACUGAGCACACAAAAUCAAAACGUCCAAGAAAGCGAAGGCAUGGCGAAGAAAGAAGGCAAGCCUAGUCUGGCUGAUCGACUGCGACAAUUGGCGGAUGGUACAUUGCCAUUGGACGACCGAAUAGAUAGGAAUGUACGCGGCAACCGAACAGUCGAGCGCAGUAACGAGCGAAACGACAGAGGUUUCGAGGAGAGCCCCGGAGGAGGAGGAGGAGGAGGAGGAGGGGGAGCAGGAGGAGGAGGAGGAGGAAGUGGUGGUGGUGGUAGUGUACGGCGACCACCGAGCGACAUGCCGAUCUCACUGAUGGAUUUGCCGAAGUUCAGCGGAGUUUUGCCACCAGAUCGGACAGAUUUUCCGCGAGGACCAGAUUUCCGAGGUGGACCGCAGGAUGCGCGGGAGUUUCCGCAGCGCGGCCUAACCGAUCGAUCUGAUCGACAGAAUUUUCCGCCGCGUGGUGGUCCAAGAAGCUCGCAGAUGGACGACUUUCUGGAUCCCAGGAUGCAGCCUGGCAUGUUUCCGGAGGACUACGAAAGCAGAUUGGGUCACAACGGGCCUCGAUCUGAUGACUUUCCGCCAGCCAGGCUGGGUCCGGCUCGUGAAGAGUUUGAACGACCGGAAGUGCGCACCCGUAGACCACCUGUGGAUGAAUACGAGCGCGAGCGUUUCGAAUACGAGAUGAGACGCGAUGGAUUCGAUCCGCGGAUGCAGGAUGGCUUCGAUCCCAGGGUUCAUAACGAGCGGCCGGAUUUCGAACUUCGCAGAAGGGAGUUCUUUGGUGGCCCGAUGGAACCUGUGUUCGGUAUGCCACCAUUGAUGGGUCCAAAGGGGCCAAGAGGACCGGUUGGACCCGAUGGAUUUGGACCGCGCGGAUCUAGGGGACCCGGUCCUCUGAUGUUCCAUCCGCGGGGAAUGGGCCCGAGGGGUAUGAGACCUGGGAUGAGGCCGCCGUUUGCGCCCCGAGGCCCGCCAUUUGAUCCCAGGGAAGCAGAUUCCUUUUUCCGGCCACCAUUCGACGAGAUGCGCGGUCGUCCCGGGCCGCAUAUCCGACCGCCGUUCGGCCCGAUGGGCCCGCCAGCUAUGCACGGCCCGGACGGACCGUGGAGAAAUCAGGAAGGGGGCAGUGGACCACCGCCCGCGUCAUGGUCCGGACAGGACCCUGACGCACAUGGACAGCGAGAAAAUCAUUUACCACCACGGGACAAGCAAAAGCUUCUAGCGAAGCACCAGGAUUACAAAAAUAUAUCCGAGAAUCGCAAUCGGAACCGCAAGUCUAGAUGGGGUAACGUUAGUCCACCCUUGAUAGAUGACGAGAUACCGCCGUCGGAAGAUGCCGAGAACAAGACGAAAGCAUCUGCUGACGACGGUGAGGAACUGGAAACGAAGGAUAACUUCGACACUUUAUCUUGUACCGUCGAUCAGCAUGCUCUCCUAAUGCAGAGAGAGCAAGAGCUGACAGCUUGCGAGCAAGAUGCGAUGCGCGGUAAAGAAAACGAGUUGGCGAGUAUAUCGAACGACGAGGGCAACCGCGAGAUAAGCUACAGAAAUGACGAGAGUCGAGCCAAUCUUUACGAAAUUGAUCGCGCGGACCAUUUCUCUAAUGACGAUUUAGCGCUAAAGCAGCGGGAGGAACAGUGUGAAUAUGAUGCACCCAUUCCAGCUGAAAAUUCAGCGCAACAAAGUGCGGUACAACCGAUCGAACAAAUAGAGCACGUCAGUGAGAACCAUAGUGAUCAAUCAGUGGAACAGCAAGUGGAUUCGUUAUAAACGAAAAGAGAAAGAGAAUGAGAGAAUAAAAGAGAAAAGCAAAAAGGAAGGAUCGAUAUUGAAAAAAAUUACCAAAGUAAAGCAUAAAGAAUCUUCAGGCAGAUUCAUGUAAAAUAUCGUUUGAAUUGAUAUAAUGUACAUAGAGUCAUGCAAAAGAAUGAUUGAAAGAGGGACAGAGAAGGAAUGAAAAUCACAAUUCAAUUUUAUGGACUCAGAAUUACCGUACUCUGGAGUGGUGGGGAGCCGUUGGGUGCUAGUGAGUUUUUUUUUUUUUUUUUCA